UAAAAGACGCAGCUGGUUACCUUGGAGCAGCCAGGGACUGCUGUUUGUGUAGCUAGCAAUGCUACUAACAGAACCUAAACUCGGUGCACCACAUUCCCCAGCAGGCUCGGCUCUGCUCUGCUGACUUUUCAGACUGGUAUUUUAAAUCGUACAUAACUUUGGCAGACAGCUGACCUCAGGCAGCAGCAUUGAGCUUCCUCCAGCACAGCUAGCAUUAGCUAGCUGAAGCCCACAGUGGAGCUAGCCAGUUAGCUAGUUUGUGUAGCAGCGAUGGAGUGGCUGGGUAACGGAGCUCCAGUCUACCGCGAUGAAGACUCGAGCCGCGACCCAGCUUCAGCAGACAAGGGACUCAGUGGUGUUCAUCCUCACCAGCAGUCACCGCCAUCGCACCUUUGCGAUUGCGCCAUGGCGUCGCUUUGCCAGAGCCAGCACCGCUGUGUGAAGGCUUCCAUCGUCUCCAGCUGGAGACUGGCAGAGGCCCAGGAUCAGCUGGGCUCUCUGGGCGUCCACAGCUCCGAGUCCCUGGAGCAGGAACGUGCUCGGACUCUGGCGUGCCCCACCGAGCUCACGCACACUGAGGAGGAGUGGCGCCGCAAGGAGAGCAUGCUGGGAUGUCAGGAACCCAGCCGCUGCAGUCCUGUGCUCGGAGCUGUCAGAAGUUGGGACGUUUUUGAUAAGAGUAUCAUCAAUGUCCCAAAUCAACCUGUAGAAAUGGAUCAGGACAAGUGCAAGACGUUUCUCCAAAAGUAUGACCAAGAGCUCAGGCAUUUUGGUAUGUUGCGGAGAUGGGACGACAGUCAGCGGUUCCUCGCAGACAUGCCUCAGCUCAUAUGUGAUGAAACCGCCAACUACUUAAUUCUGUGGUGCAUGAGACUACAGCAAGAAGGGAAACAAGCGCUGAUGGAGCAGGUGGCGCACCAAGCUGUAGUCAUGCAGUUCAUCCUGGAGAUGGCCUCGAACUCUCAGCAGGAUCCUCGAGGCUGCUUCAGACAGUUCUUCCACAAAGCCAAAGAAGGACAAGACGUCUACUUAGAAGUCUUCCACACCGAGCUUGAGGCCUUCAAACACCGAGUGAAAGAAUACACAGACAAGUCUGUAGACGAUGCAACAAACAAUGUCGAACAACAGAAAACUGGCACAAAUUGCAAGCUGGACCCCAAAGAAGCCUUGGACUCUUUACCUCCAGUGGCAGAGUAUCCUAUGAAGCUUUGUUUAGAGGCUGGACUGUGGACAAGCACAGGGAGGUGGACAAAGGAUGAAGCUACAGAAACGGACGAUAUACUCAUGAUGGAGACCACCUAGUGACCGUAGGAUCGGCCCGUCCGGCUUUUCCCUCCAUCUCCAUCACCUUCCCAUUUAGGAACAACCUGAGUUUUAAGCCCUCUUUACGCAGCGGACCAGGCUGAACAACGGCCUAAAAUGAGACACGACCAGGCUUUUUAAACUGCAGGAAAUAAUGUUUGCUGAUGACGAAACAUUUCUCCGUGUUGUCGGUCACUGCAGUGUCUCUUGACAGCUGAACGGACGUGCUGUGCCACAACCCUGCUUUUACAGAUGGAGUUCUUAUAUCCUUCAAUCUGGUUCAUUUUCUAUUUCUCCUGAAACAGAGACUUGGAUGCAACACAAAGAAUACUACACCAAUAAAGUCUUUGGGCAGUUAGGUACCAAAUCUAAUAGCUGCUUAAAAUGAAUGGUGAGAAGCACAACUGACCGAUCAGUGGCUUUGUAUCCUGUGUGGUGAGUUUGGGUUCAGACCGUUUCAUAGACGAGAGAGUCUGCUAAACUGUUCCUGACAUUUAUCAAGGCAAUGUGUCUUUAAAGUAGCCGAUCAUGUGCCGGUAUACAGUAACUACUGCAUAAUAGGACGACGGUGUUCAUUCAGCAGGAGUGAUCUGUUGAUUAAUAUGAUUUCAAUCACGAGGGGGGAAAAAGAAAGUGAUGAUGCGGUGUCAUGUCUGGAAUGAAAGAGAAAUCUCUUCACCGGAGAGUUUCAGACUCGUCCGUUGUCAUACCUUUUUAUAUUUGGUGAAGACAUACACGGCCUCACAUAUUUUGUAUUAUUUUUUGCAUUGGUUUAGUAAAAGCUAGCUGUAUGCUAAUAAGCAAAGAGCAGUUUGUCUGCGUUGACUGGCGUAAUGUCCGAAUUUGUACAAAUACAGUUGCGGUGACUUAGAUUUGUGUUUUCUUCAGCAUUUCACUUGUCGGGCUCAAAAUGAAUUGCAAUCUUGGAGGGGGAAAAAAGGUUAAUUUAGGAGUCUUGGGUCAGAUUCACCCCUUGCAGCGCUCCGACUCACAACUGAUACGCAUGCAUUGGGUGGCACACAACCCACAGGUCUCUCAGGCUCGUCAUGAGGAGAGGUUACAUCAUGCAACAUGUGUGGGUGGCUAGUCAGUGAAUUCAGCAGACAGCAGGGACGCUUCUAACAUGUAGCUUUUGGUGCAAAUGCGGCUUGAAGAGUUGAUUGUUUCUCUUUGAACACUUUGCAGAAUUCAGGUCGGAGCAUGUUAUAAACUUCAGGAGCUCCUGAAAGACUGCACAAGAGUGGUUGAGGUAUUCUGAAAAAGUAUUCCGAGUGUUGUCUGGAGAGCAAUUAAAGUGCUGAGUCAUCAAACUACCUCCUUUUACAUCUGCCAUUAACAUCUUUGUCGUUCAGAAUUUAUCCAGACAAAACACAAAUUCACCCAAUACACACACAGCUCAUGAAAUGACUGUAAAAUCUAUUUAUUUCCAACAGACGGUGACACUAAUCGCUCACAUUGUCCUUUGACAGAAAUAAGUCAGCCUUUCAGAACAAGCCGGUUGCUUAUUAGCAUUCAGCACAGACAAAUAAUGAGCUGAAGACGUGAAGGCAUGCGAGACAAUAUAACAGCUCAGCUUUUAUUACGUGAUAAAGCAAAGGGGCGUUUCAGAGGGACAAAGUCAACCUCGAGACAAUGUUGGUGUUGAGCGUGGUUGUGAAUUAUCCAUAUCGAUAAGCGAGAGGCAUGGCAAUGAAAGGUGUAAAGAGGGCACUGCGUUUGCUUUGUUUUUGUUUAUUAUUUAUUAGCUGAUUUCUCCUCCUGUGAGUUAUUUUUCAGGCAUUCACAUGAUCAAAGCCUCACGUUUCAGCUUGGCACACAGGUGAUGGAAAUGAAAGCGUUUACUCGGCCUGCAUGGGCUCUGUGUGUGUUUAUUUUUCCUCUGGUUCAGUAAAACUAGCGUUCAUUUGCUUUACCAGCUUUCCAUCUACAGUACCCAGCACCUGAAACCGAAUCACAGCCGGCAGUUCGUGCUCUGUGCAGACAGAAGUCAGUGUUGUGUUGGGGAAAGUUCAGGAUCAUGGGAUCUACACCUGAGAAGGAGCUGAAAGGCGCCGCUAUGGAGGGAAGGGGAAAACGAGGGCUGAGCCCUCCACAAAGAAAUCCUUGAUGUAUGUUUGUAUGCAGAAAGGAACUCUCUGCAUCUGAAUGUGUCCUGCACUUUAUAUGUCUCUGCCGAGGUCGAGAUGGGAGUAUUUGAAGCACCUGACUUUGUAAUUCUUCCUCCUAUACCGUGUUUAGAUUGAACCACGUUUUUUUUGUUGUGUUCCCUGUCGUCCAGAAGUUAAAGCGGGCUUUAGAUGAGCUUGUGUUUUCAAUUGUACACAUUUAGUUUUUGCUUUUUGUAUGCUAUUGUUUGCUGACUUUUUUUAUCAAAGUGUUCAAGGGAGCUUUUGCCAGAAUUAUCAGGCUUCCAAUUAACUGUCCCCUUGUUAAUAGUCUUCUUUAUUUUAACAAAGACAGCCAAAAUGAGUGUGAAAAUCUGCUUGAGCAGUAAAAUUGUUUUUACUGCGGACCGGGGAGUUGAAUAUACCAUAUGAUGCAUUAAAGUACAAUGCAUGUGUGGAUGACUUAAAGCUGCUGUGUGAUGCUUUGUUCUGCAGUGAGCCUGUCGUUUCACUACUCAUUAUGUCACAGCUUUACGUCUGCACAGUGCUGGUGUCGGGCAGUACCAUAAGUACUGUACACAUGUUGGUAUUGUAAGCGGUGACGCUAAAGGAAUGUGAAGUUUUGGUUUGAAAUGCACUUUUUUUUUUUUUUUUUUGUCCAAAGUGACUAAUCCACUAUGCAAACUAAUUGUAUGGCUUAAGGCUGUUGUAAUAUGGUGUCUGAACGUCCUAAAUUAUUUAAAGAUUAUUACAAAUGUGAGUGAAGAUCGAGAGACUUAAAGUAGGAAUUUCAGUCGCUAAGCUUUGAGUUUUAGGAAAAUGACACACUUCUCAUUCACAGUAGACUGUACUGUAAGAUUUGUCUUCUCUUGAUAAUGACUCAAAUAUAAAACAAGUGCUAAAUGUU